GAAUGAAACUGAAGUCUGCUGCAAUAAAACACUGAAGGCUUUAAAAUGUUUUCUUGCAUAAAACUCAAACUUUAAGUAGCUGCUUAUGAGGAUAGGGAAGUCAGGAAGCUAAUGUCUGUCUCAAGAUACAGGACAGCUGUUUGUUCAUCAACCUCAACUGUUUGCAGAGUAGCUGUGGAUCUGCAUUGAUGGUGAGAGGAAGCUCUCCCUAGAAGCUCCUUACAGAGAACAAAUCACAAGAGGUCCCAAGCUGCAGAGGGAAAGACAACCUGACAUAGGGAAGUGGGGACAGCUACACAGAGAGAGAACUGCAAAACAUCCUCAGUACAGUAGCAGGCCUGUACUCCAAAUCCAAAAUCCCUAUACUUUUUCACCAGAGUGCACAGAAGAGGAACAUGGCUCAAGAAACUAACCAUAGCCAAGUGCCUAUGCUUUGUUCCACUGGCUGUGGAUUUUAUGGAAACCCUCGUACAAAUGGCAUGUGUUCAGUAUGCUAUAAAGAACAUCUUCAAAGACAGAAUAGUAGUAAUGGUAGAAUUAGCCCACCUGCAACUUCUGUCAGUAGUCUGUCUGAAUCUUUACCAGUUCAGUGCACAGAUGGCAAUGUCCCAGAAGCUCAAUCAACAUUAGACUCCACGUCUUCCCCAUCUAUGCAGCCAAGCCCUGUAUCAAAUCAGUCACUUUUAUCAGACUCUGUAGCAUCUACCCAAGUGGAAAGUACAUCUGUGGACAAAGCAGUACCUGAAACAGACGAUCUACAAGCUUCAGUAUCGGACACUGCACAGCAGCCCUCUGAAGAACAAAACAAGUCACUCGACAAACCAAAACAAAAAAAGAAUCGCUGUUUCAUGUGCAGGAAGAAAGUGGGACUGACUGGGUUUGAAUGCCGGUGUGGAAAUGUUUACUGUGGUGUGCACCGUUAUUCAGAUGUACACAAUUGCUCUUACAAUUACAAAGCUGAUGCUGCUGAGAAAAUCAGAAAAGAAAAUCCAGUAGUUGUUGGGGAAAAAAUCCAGAAGAUUUGAACUCCUGCUGGAAUACAAAAAUCCUUUUGACCAUCUGCAAACUAAAUUGACUUGAGCUUUUUUUUCCUAGUCAUUGGGAAUGUAGAGCAAUGUAUCUUGCAUAGACCUUUUAAUCAUGCAUGUCAUCAGAAGAAUAGAUUUUUGUUUUUGUUUUGAAAAUGACUCUGAACAUUUAUUUCCAUUGCAGUUUCUGUGGCUGAAAAGACUUAAGUAAACUUUACAAGUAUUAUCCUUUUAAGAUCAUUUUAAUUUUAGUUGAGUGCAGAGGGCUUUUAUAACAAACAUGGAGAAAUAUUGGAGGGCUGUGCUUUUCCAGUAUUAAACAUGCAUGCGUUAACCUUGCAGCAGUUUAUUUUCUCAUUGUGUGUGUAUCUAUAGCUUUUCUCUGCAGCACGAUUUCUCUUUGGAUAAUGCCCCUUAUGGCACAACUAGUUAUCAGUAACUGAAUGUAUUUUAAUCAUUAUGGCUGCUUCUGUUUUUCAUUAACAAAGGUUAUACAUAUGUUAGCAUAUUAGCUUCUUUGCACCCACGACCUAUUUAUGUAUGAAUCAUUUGUAAUGAGAGAGUGUGUGCCAAUGAGAUUAUAAGUUUGUGUGGUUUUUAAAAAUUCUUUUUGAGUGAGGGGAGGAAAGGCUGUAUGCACUUCAUUGCUGACUGCAGGUUUCACUGGGAUUAAGUUCAUCAGUCUGUAUGUACACAAAUAUGAAGAAUGAUCUGAAGUAAUUGUGCUGUAUUUAUGUUUAUCCACCGGUCUUAACUUUGAUUAAAUAAAAAAAAAAGAAAAAAAGAAAAAAGAAAGGCAAAGCAAAUCCCAUUGUGUUUAAGCAUUUCUCAGACACACUGCCAGUUGAUUUUGACUCUUGUCUCUGAUUCUGAUUUUUUAAUAUAGGGAAUGACAAAUACCACAAUAACCAACUUCCCUCCUUGGAAGAACAAAUGUCUUACCUAUCUUUAUUUAUAUGACUAGCCGGGUGACUGAAAAUUCAAAUAAAAUGAAAUUAUUAACGA